UGUCGUUGGAUUAAACAGUUUCUAAAAUUUUAAUUAUAUUUUUUUUUGUUUUAUUUAAUUUAUUAAAUAAUUUUUGAUUUUUAUAAUUUAUUUAAUCAUUAAAACUAUUUGUGAUUUUUAUUUGUUUUUAUUAUUUUUUUUUGUUAUAAAAAUUCAUAAUUUAUUAUCGGUUGAGAACUUAUAGUGGUGUGAUUGCACACUUUAGCAAUUUUAUAUUUUAUUAUUUUCGUAAUUUUUUAAUACUUUUUAUCGGGCUAAUUAAAGUUAAACCGUCACAUUACUGCAUUUGUACCGUGUUCAUUUAAAAGCUUUAGAUUUCGGUGUAUUUUUGUAAAAUUUGCAUUUUUAAACGAAACUUUUUUUAUAUUAAAAGCAGUGAACUUGUGUAAUUAUUUAAGAGAAUAUUAAAAAUUACCAAAAAACAAAAAUAAAAGAAGGUAUACUUUUGGUUUUUAUAUAUCCACAUAUUUUUCAUAAGAGAUCAACAAGUGAAUAUAGAGGCACAGUACUAAAUAAUAUUCUUUAUAAAUUUUGUGAAAAUCCAGAAUAAAUAGACCAGCCAAUAUGAAUAAUUUGAAAAUACCACAUUCACCAAAUGAAGCCGAAAAAGAGGAAACUCUGUCAUUGAUUCGUGAAUCAUUGACACACACGAUGAUAUGUGAAGGAACUCAUUUUGAUGGAAAAAUUCCUCAUGUUUUUGUUACAUUUGGAGCAUCUGGAGAUUUAGCUUGUAAAAAGAUUUAUCCAACAUUAUGGUGGUUAUACAGGGAUAACUUAUUACCAAAACCAACACUUUUCUUUGGUUAUGCUAGAUCAGAUAUUACAAUUGCUCAAUUACGUGAAAAAUGUAUUAAAUACAUGAAAGUGAAACCAAGUGAAGAGAAAAAAUAUGAAGAAUUUUGGAAAUUAAAUCAUUAUGUACGUGGCUCUUAUGAUAAAGGAGUUGAUUUUGAAAAUCUUGAUAAAGAAAUUAAAAAAUUAACAUGUGAUUUAACAGCAAAUCGUGUAUUUUAUUUAGCAUUACCACCAAAUGUAUUUGAAAUAGUAACAUCAAAUAUUAAGAAUCAUACAAUGGCAGAGAAGGGCUGGAAUCGUGUUAUUAUUGAAAAACCAUUUGGACGUGAUGCUGAUUCUUCGAAACAAUUAAGUGAUCAUUUAUCGAAACUAUUCCGUGAAGAUCAAAUUUAUCGUAUUGAUCAUUAUUUGGGUAAAGAAAUGGUACAAAAUUUAAUGACAAUCCGUUUUGCAAAUAAAAUUUUUUCACCAACAUGGAAUCGUGAUAAUAUUGCAUCCGUUUUAAUAACAUUUAAAGAACCAUUCGGUACACAGGGACGUGGUGGUUAUUUUAAUGAAUUUGGUAUAAUACGUGAUGUUAUGCAAAAUCAUCUAUUACAAAUUUUAUCAUUAGUUGCAAUGGAACGACCAGUAUCAUGCCAUCCAGAUGAUAUACGUGAUGAAAAAGUACGUGUUUUAAAAAGUAUUCAACCAGUUGAAUUAAAUGAUACAGUAUUGGGACAAUACAUUGGUGAUCCAAAUGGUGAAGGUGAUGCAAAAUUAGGUUAUUUAGAUGAUCCAACAGUACCAAAAAAUUCAACAACACCAACAUAUGCAUUAGCUGUAUUAAAAAUAAAUAAUGAACGUUGGGAUGGUGUACCAUUUAUAUUACGCUGUGGUAAAGCAUUAAAUGAACGUAAAGCUGAAGUUAGAAUACAAUAUAAUGAUGUUGCUGGUGAUAUAUUUGAAGGUAAUUCAAAACGUAAUGAAUUAGUUAUACGUGUUCAGCCAGGUGAAGCGAUUUAUGUUAAAAUGAUGACAAAAUCACCAGGUAUAACAUUUGAUAUGGAAGAAACUGAAUUAGAUUUGUCAUAUAAUCAUAGAUAUAAAGAUGCAUAUUUACCGGAUGCAUAUGAACGUUUAAUAUUAGAUGUAUUUUGUGGUUCAUUAAUGCAUUUUGUACGUUCAGAUGAAUUGAGUGAAGCAUGGAGAAUAUUUACACCAUUAUUGCAUAAAAUUGAGAAAGAGCUUCCUAAACCAAUUAAUUAUGUUUAUGGAUCACGUGGACCAAUUGAAGCAAAUAAAAAAUGUGCUGAAAAUAAUUUUAAAUAUUAUGGAUCAUAUAAAUGGCAUGGUAAUAAUAAAUUAUAAAAAUCAUGUGAAAGAGAUUUAAAUUUUGUACAAAAAAACAUAAAAGAGGAGGAAUCAAAUGAAAAAUUAAAAUUUUGUCAGGAUAUUAAUGGAAAAUAUUAAUUAAAUUUUUGAGGUGAAAAUAUUAUAUAAUAAAAAAAUGCAAUUUAAUAAUUUAAAGAUAAGACAAAAAAGAAAAAGAGAACAAAAUUGAAUAUGAAAUUAAAAAUGUUGAAUGUAGGUGAUUAAUAAAUUAAUUAAUUUUUUUUUUAAAACACUUUAACAUUUUUUGUAUAAGUUGUUUAAAAUUUUUGCGGUAUAAUUGUUUUUCAAUUUUUUAUAUUCUUUAUGGUAUAAAAUAUUUUUUCUACUUUAUUUUUAAUUAUUAUUUAAAUAAAAAAUGUUUUUGUUAUAUUAAAUCAUAUUUUUAU